UGCCGGUCAUGGCGGCGGCAGCGCGGCUGUUCCGCGGGGUUGUCCGCGGCCCGUCCGCCCUCGCUCUUGCCCGGGCGCUGAGCUCCGCGCCGUCGGGGCCGGCGGGCCGGGGAGGACGGCGGGCCGCGCUGGCGGCCGCGGGGGCGCUGGGUGGGCUCGGGCUGGCGCUGGGGCUGUGGCGGCGGCAGACCGCGCUGGCGGCGUCCCGGGAGGACGAGGAGGACAAGGAGCUGCGGCAGCGGUUCAUGGCGCCGCCCGUGAGCGGGCUGCGGGAGCUGCGGCGGCGGCGGCGGGAGCUGCGGAGCCGCAUGGAGCUGCUCAUCAUGGAGACGCAGGCGGAGGUGUGCCGCGCCCUGGCCGCGCUGGACCCCGGCGCCUCCUUCUCCGUCGACACCUGGGAGAGGAAGGAAGGCGGAGGCGGCAUCAGCUGCGUACUGCAGGACGGCGAGGUCUUCGAGAAGGCGGGUGUGAAUGUGUCCGUCGUGUCCGGGCUCCUGUCCGAGGAGGCAGCGCGGCAGAUGCGGAGCAGGGGGAAGUCUCUGAAGGCCAAGGACGGGAAGCUGCCUUUUUGCGCCAUGGGUGUGAGCUCCGUUAUCCAUCCAAAGAACCCUCAUGUUCCAACCAUGCACUUCAACUACAGAUACUUUGAAAUCGAAGAAGCAGAUGGAACUAAGCAGUGGUGGUUUGGUGGUGGGACUGACCUCACUCCAACUUACCUUAAUGAAGAGGAUGCCGUUCAUUUUCACAAGACUCUGAAAGAAGCCUGUGACAAGCACGAUCUGAAGCUGUAUCCCAAGUACAAGAAAUGGUGUGAUGACUACUUCUAUAUCAAGCACCGUGGCGAGCGAAGAGGGAUUGGAGGCAUAUUCUUUGACGACGUGGACUCUCCCUCCAAGGAGGAAGUGUUCCAGUUUGUGAAGAGUUGUGCCAAAGCUGUUGUGCCUUGUUACAUUCCCAUUGUGAAAAAGCACCGCCAUGACUCCUUCACGCCAGAGGAAAAGUUAUGGCAGCAGCUUCGGAGAGGACGGUACGUAGAGUUCAACUUGGUUUAUGACAGAGGUACAAAGUUUGGCCUCCUGACACCAGGAUCAAGGAUCGAAAGCAUUCUUAUGUCUCUGCCCCUGACUGCAAGGUGGGAGUACAUGCACACCCCGCCAGAGAGCUCCAAAGAAGCAGAAAUCCUGGAGGUUCUGCGAAAUCCCAAAGACUGGGUGCACUGACACGGAUCAUGAAGAAGAUGGAUUGCUCACACUGAGCCAUUUGAGAGAACGGGAACGCCUGCAAACCAGCUCGUUCGCACUGCUGUUGCAUGGCGUUUCAUUGUGUCUAUUUAUAUCUUGCCUGGUGCCUUAAUUAUGGUGUAGACUUGCAAAUAUGUGAACUCACUCUUUUCGAUUGAUGGGCUAAUAUUGUCACCCCCUGUUGCUGUUGCCUUGUGAAGGACUGGUGAUGGCCUCACAGGGCUACUGUGCAUGUUUUAGGACUUUCUCAACUCAUGUGAUUGACUGCAAAAUGGCAAAUUACUGUGAAGUGUUCUCCCAGUGAAAUGAAAGCAUUAUCUGUGCCUGAAUAGCACUGCUUACCCUUAGAAAAUGUUUGGAUGCUUAAACACAUUUUUGUAAAGAAUAAAGGGAAUAUUUGAUAUGAUUUUAAA